AUGACGCUCGAAUCGAGGGUCCAGAACCCCAUCCUACACCCGCUACUUUUCAUCUUCCAAGUCAUCCAGUUUGUGCUGAACAAGCUGCUAUCACCCACACCUCCGAGUCCCAAGGCACGUCUUGGUCGGCCCAGAAUCGCAGUCAUUGGCGGUGGCAUCACUGGUGUUACAAGUGCUGCCCACUGCGUCGGUCAUGGAUGCGAUGUUCGGAUCUUUGAGGCCGGAAAGGAGGAAAACAUUGGAGGAAUCUGGAGUAGAGUAAACAACACCUCCGGUCUACAAAUCCACUCCCUCAUGUACCGCUUCCAUCCCUCGGUCAACUGGAAGCAAGGUUACCCGGACAAGCAGCAAAUUCUCUCCCAAGUCCGCGAGCUCUGGAAGCGUUAUCGCCUUGACGAGCGCACCGUUUUCGAAACGCCCGUCACCAGCGCCCGCCAGCAUCCCGAGACCAAGAAAUGGAUCAUCAACAAUGACGCCGAGACCUACGGCCAAUUCGACGGCAUUAUCUGCGCCGUCGGCACUUGCGGUCGCCCCAAGAUUCCCCACAUCCCCGGCAUGGACUCCUUCCAGGGCGAGAUCCACCACUCGAGCCAGCUCACCGGUAAGGCCGCCAAGGGCAAGACGGUGAUCAUCAUCGGCGGCGGCGCCAGUGCUGUCGAGAGCAUUGAAUACGCUGUCGAGGAGGGCGCCGCUCAGGUAUACGUCCUCGCUCGUUCCGAGAAGUGGAUCAUCCCCCGCAACCCUGUCGUCGACAUGCUGCUGGCGCUCAACAUCUUCGGCCAGGAGACCCGGUUCAGCUGGAUCCCCGAAUUCUUCCUUCGCAAGCUGUUCUACCGGGAGCUAGAGGAUAUUGCCCCGCCUUCGGGCAAGAAGGGGCUCUUCACCGACACGCCCAUGGUCAACUCGGAGGUUAUGAACCAGAUUCGUAGUGGCAAGGUGAAGUGGUUGCGCUGCGACAUUGAAGGGUUUACCGAGAACGGAGUCACGGUCAAUCGCCGCGAAAAGGGAACGAACCCCAAAGAUGCGGGACAGACAGAGGAGAUCAAGGGCGAUAUGGUGAUCAUGGCUACGGGAUUCCAAAGGCCCAAGCUGGACUUCUUGCCCAAGGAGUGUCUGGAGGGGGACUACAAACCGCCCAACUGGUAUCUGCAGACCUUCCCACCACAGUUCCCGAGCGUGGCGGCCAUCAACUGCACGUACAUGAAUGGUAUCGGAUCGGUGGGCAACUGGCACAUUGGCAUCUACACGAGGCUGCUGCUGGUCUUCUUGCUUGAUGACCGCGCUCGUCCUCGCACGUUCUGGAUGAAGCGGUGGAUUGACAUGACGGCUUUCCUGAAGAGGAGGAGCCCCGUCGGACCGUUCGAGUUUUUUACGUACCUCGAGCUCAUGUGGUGGUUCUUCUUCUGCGUUGCUAUCAACCCGUUCCGCUGGAAGUGGGCGUUCUUUGUCUUUUUUGGUCUGGGCGAGAACUUGCCUAUGAAGGUGGUUGCGGCUGAGGAGAGACUCCGCAACAGACUGCAGGCUAGAGAGGCGGAGGAUCAGGGUACCAUGGCGAAUGGAGUACGCCAUGUGCGUGAAGAGGAGAUUCGCGGGAGGACUAUGCGUAUUGUCACCUGA